AUGCUGAGAGAGUGGACUGGAGACUGGAUUGGCACUUUCCUUGGCCACAAAGGCGCCGUUUGGAGCACCAAGCUUUCGCUCGACAGUUCCAGAGCUGCAUCAGGCAGCGCCGAUUUCACCGCGAAAGUAUGGGAUACGUAUUCCGGCAAAGUCCUGCACUCUUUCCCCCACAAUCACAUCGUCCGCAGUGUGGCUUUGUCACCAACUGCAUCGCACAUGCUGACGGGUGGCCAGGAGAAGAAAGUGCGGAUUUUCGAUCUCAAUAGACCAGAAGCAGAACCGGAUUUCCUCUGCGACUCUGGGACCCUGUCUCACGAAGGCACCGUGAAAAGUGUUGUCUGGGUUGGUGAUCACACUGGUGUAACUGCUGGUGAAGAUGGUCGUAUCAAGUGGUGGGAUCUACGGUCGCGAAAGUUGACCACCACUCUCGCUUUUCCUGGUGCGAUCACGUCCAUGGAAUUAUCCCUCCAGACACAACGAUUAGUUGUCACCUCUGGAAACACCAUCGCCUUUAUCCCUGCUCUACCAAACAGCGGUCAUGGAACGCACAGUGUCACCCUUCCAUACUGCCCAUCUUCUGCCUCCAUCCAUCCUAUCUUGCAAGACCGAUUUGUGACAGGGAGUACGAGCGAUGAAUGGGUUCGUGUGCACGGCAUCGAAGGAGAAGAAAGAGAGAUUCUUAAGGGACACCACGGCCCUGUCCAUUGCGUAGAAUUUAGCCCAGACGGAGAAAUGUACGCGAGUGGUAGCGAGGAUGGUACGAUCCGAUUGUGGCAGACCACUCCUGGCAAAACAUACGGCCUAUGGCAAGGAACCACAAACGGGGUGUAG